GAGAGAGAGGCGGAUGCCGAAGAGUGAUACAGAGAGAGAUCCCGAGGUGUUGACACGGAGUGCCCCGGAAACACCGACGCUUUUGGAAUUUUGGUUUAUUGUAUUGAAUUUUUUUUUUUUCGAAGUGUAUUGUAGACACUGUUUUUUUUUUUUUUUUUUUUUUUUUACAGAAUUACAACUUUUUAGACUGCCCGGAUAACGCUGCUGACGUUUGGCUCCGUGUGUUUCUCGUCUCAAUAACCCGAACAUUCUGAACCCCGGCGCAGAGUAAGCUGGACCAAUGUCACUCUGCUCGUGGGGACUGGCAGCAUGACCCAGCGGGGGUUCUACUAGAAGUAUCCGGGCAGAAGACAGAGCUGAUCGCAGCCAUGAAGGACCGACUGGAUCAACUGACUGCCGGUACGUCCCAAGCAGAGGAGGAGGUCGCGGUGGCAGUGGACAAAGAUGGCUUCAUGGAGAGCUUUUUCAGAAGGGUGGAAGAAGUCAGAGGACUCAUCGAUAAGAUCUCUUUCCAAGUGGAGGAGGUGAGGAAGAUGCACAGCAUGAUCCUGACUGCACCCAACACAGAUGACAGGACAAAGGACCGACUCGACGCACUGACCAACGACAUCAAAGGCAACGCCAACGUCGUGCGAACAAAACUCAAAUCCAUGGAGCAAAGCAUGCCCAAAGACGAUGGAGCCAACAGGUCCUCGGUUGACUUCAGGAUCCAGAAGACGCAGCACACGGUGCUGUCCAGGAAGUUUGUGGAGGUCAUGACCCAGUACAACGAGACCCAAGUGUCCUUUCGGGAAAGAAGCAAAGGAAGGAUCCAGAGACAGCUGGAGAUAACUGGAAGAGUGACCACCGAUGAAGAACUAGAGGGCAUGUUAGAAAGUGGAAAUCCAUCCAUCUUCACAUCUGAUAUCAUUUCUGAUUCCCAGAUCACACGUCAGGCCCUGAGUGAGAUCGAGUCCCGACAUCAGGACAUCAUGCGUCUGGAGUCGAGCAUCAGAGAGCUUCACGCCAUGUUCAUGGACAUGGCAAUGUUGGUAGAAACUCAGGGCGAAAUGGUUAACAACAUUGAGAAGAACGUCUCCAAUGCGGCCGAAUACAUUUACAGUGCAAAGGAAGAGACCAAAAAAGCAGUGAGAUACCAGAAGAAAUCCCGGAGGAAAUACAUUAUCCUCGCCUUUGCUCUGUUGAUCCUGCUUGCUGUCAUUGCACUAAUUGUCGGCCUGUCUGUCGGACUAACCAAGCCCCCUGUAUGAGAACUGCUGUGAUCACAGCGUGAGAAACUCCUCGGCCUUAUCAUGUGUGUGGCGGCCGGUUCACUCCUUUUACUCAUCAUUAUAGUUGGGGUCUUUGAGUGACGCGUCGCCUCCCUCUCGGCAGUCUGUGCUGUACGCAUCUCCAGUAGCGACGAAAAACAAAGAAACCUCUUCACAAUAAGACGACAAUACGUCGUUCACUAGCCAAGAACAUGACGGAAGGGGGAGGCUCUCUCCGCCGCACUGGAGUAAGUAUGAUGUGUGGGAUCCGCUUUGCACCAGUAACGCCAGAACUCAUGAUAUACCGUCCUGGAACGAGUCAGUGCUGUGCAGCUGCCAACAAAGCGCCCUGUCAGCACACUUCCUUUUUUUUUUGCUUAGCGGUCGUAUAAUGAACGAUGACGGCACAUUCCAUUUUAAAACUGGUAACUGGCUUUCACAUAAAAGGCAAGGUUGGUAAUCUUCUUGAAACAAUUUUAAGGUAUUUCUGUUGAAAUGGUCAUUAGAAAACAACAAUCAUAUUAUGCACAUGUGAAAAAGUAAAUUCAGUGAUUUAACCAUCCUUGAAUUGAUUUUAAAAAAUGUAAUAAAACUAGUAUCUACUUGGCAAAUAGCCAUGUUCAUUUUUUUCCGUCGCCAACACUGUGCUGCGUUUAUUGGUUGUAUACAAAGUUUUUAUUUACUUCUGCUAGUUUCUCAAGAUUGCCAACCGUACCUUUAAGUAUCCUUUCGCGGAUAUUUCUUUGUCAAAAGGAUUUUCAAAGGACGUUCUGGGAAGUAAACCUAUUUGUCUUUUCAACCAAAAGUGACACGAGAAGAUCGAUUACCACUCAUGUCUGUAGCUGCAGCAGCCGUUAGCUUAGCUUAGCAUAAGGACUGGACACAGAAAAGGGACGCUAUUUGUCUAGAGAGGGGGUUGUUUGCCAAACUAUUUCUAGGCACGCUGACUUCCUGCAGUGGUGUUGUCAUUGUGAGGUUGCCGGGCGACUAGCGGCGUCUCAAGGAGGCCACUUCUCCGGCAACACAGGCCGUGGUAAACCCACAGUGUGCCUUUUUUAGACGUCCAUUUGUGUAAAGAUGAUAGAUAAAACAAAAGAGAUGUUUUGUGGUUGUCUGAGAGUUUUUAGAGAUGAUUUUCUUAUCUUUUGGUAAAGUCAGGCUAUUGGCUGCUGCAUCGUAUCUGGCGUACAGACAUGGGAGUGAUAUCCAUAAUCUCAGUUUACUCUUGACAAGAAACCCAAAUAAGCAUUACACUAUAGAUAUAGUUUGCAUAAUUUGUGUUCACGUGUUUUGAGUUUGGGCUCCUUAUGUUCUCUCGUCUUUUUAUGCAUUCACUGCAAUUCAUGUGAAUGUAAAACUACUACGGCUCAGGACUUGUUUAGAAAUAGAAAAUAAAACAAAGAUAUUCUCUGCAUCAUUUCUAGUUAGCUGUGUUUCAAUCAGAUGAAAUAUUUUCAGAUCAAUCAAAUAUAAUUGUCUCAUUCAAUAACUCCAAAUGCAACAUUGUUAUAAAAGUUCAUUGUUCACAUGUAAUAAGAAACCUUAAUUUUUGACUAUAUUCUAUUUAUCACAAAAGAAUUGUGUGAUGACCGAAAUAUUUAUUGUGAAAAGAGUAACACUACUUUGUAGGACUCUUGGAUUAUGAUAUUUCAAGAGCACAAAUUUCAAUUUUGAUACAUUUUAUACUUGUGAGUUAUAUCUUGUAUUUUAUAUUGAGACAAUACUUAAGUCAUGUAAAUAAAAAAUAAAGAAUAAAGACUUGUGUUGUUUGUUUAUUACCUUUUUACAUUGGUGCUGUAGUUGACUUAAUUAGGUCAUAAAUACAGGAGUACUUUUAAAUUGCAAACGUCUGAGUUUGUCUGACAUAAUUGAGGUUAUUUCGUGUGUUAUUUCAGCUCUCCAAACAUUUGCU